UUUUAUUAGAACGGUGGCAACGCCGUUGUUUUGUCAAAUUCGCUUAUUGCUCGUGCCGAUUCUCGGCCACCUUAAACUGAAACUAACUUAACUGCGGCCAUUGGAAAAGAUUUCUCAAAAUGUUCAAAAAAUUCGAGGAGAAAGACAGUAUCUCAUCGAUACAACAACUCAAAUCGUCAGUACAGAAAGGUAUACGUGCCAAGCUAUUGGAAGCAUAUCCUAAAUUAGAGACUCACAUUGAUUUGAUACUUCCCAAGAAGGAUUCAUAUCGCAUUGCAAAAUGCCAUGAUCACAUUGAAUUGUUGUUAAAUGGUGCCGGUGAACAGGUAUUUUUCCGGCAUCGUGAUGGUCCCUGGAUGCCCACGUUGCGAUUGCUUCACAAAUUUCCAUACUUUGUGACCAUGCAGCAAGUGGACAAAGGUGCCAUACGCUUUGUGCUAAGUGGCGCCAACGUCAUGUGUCCCGGCUUGACAUCGCCGGGCGCCUGCAUGACAGCGGCAGAUAAAGGCACUGUAGUGGCCAUUAUGGCCGAAGGCAAGGAGCACGCGCUGGCGAUUGGUUUACUCGCGUUAUCUACUGAGGAUAUAUUAAAAGUCAACAAAGGCAUUGGCAUAGAGACGUAUCAUUUUCUCAACGAUGGCCUCUGGAAAUCGAAGCCCGUCAAAUAGACUCCUCGCAUGACAGUUUCGGAGCAGGAGCAGCACCAGGAGCACUCACCAUGCAUUCGUCCUACGUAGUCUUCGUCAUUGUCAUGAGAGCAAAGAUUGGUUUUGAUAUGCAAUUUGUGUUUAUUUUUUUUAUUUAAUUUAAUACACGAGUAAUGCGCAAGUUAAUCUAUUAUUAAAUAAUUCGAAAUAC